GGAAAUGCAUGUGAUCAAAAGAAAAAAUGAAAUAUCCAUCGAACGAUUACAACUUUGUGAACAGUAUUUCUUGUUAAUGCGCAAUGUUGAAGCCUUGCUCUUUGAUUGUCAUUUGAACAUUGCCAAAACUAGAAAGAUAUUGGACAUUCCUGUAUCAUUUGACGCUGCUUUAUCUAUAUCAGAUGAUAAAACUGAGAUUGAGCUUUAUUCGGGUGAUGAAGCGCAGAAUGAUUAUGAUGUGUUUUCACUUAAUGGUAGUAAGAAAACUCCGUCUACAGACCCAACAAGGAGAAGACCGCCAAAUAUAACAGAAACGGCCGAAAAUGAAGCAGCUUCAAAUAAAACUGAAUAUCAAAAGUUAGGAAGGAUUGCAAGUAAUUUCCGUCCAUUUGGAAUUCUAGAGCCGCAAAGUGCUAGAAUUGCACGUAAGAACAUCCAAUCGAUUUUCCCUUUAUUGUGUGAUGCUGCAAAUAUUCGCUACAAGGUUCUUGCGCUUGACCAAGAAAUGAUUAGAUUGACAAUUUAG